AUGACAUCCGGUUUCUACAAAAGAGUAGAUUACUCUGAGUGGGCAUUUACAACACACGUUGUAGCCAAGAGAAACGGCAAGCUGAGGAUCAUGGACAACUACAAGCCCACCCUCUACCCGAUGAUCAUCAUUGAUGAACACCCCAUUCCCAAGGUGGAACACCUGUUUAACCAAAUCAGCGACGCCGGUCUCUUCUGCCACCUAGACGUCUCCAACUCAUACACUCAUCUCGAGGAUGACGAUGAGUUCGGCCACAUGCUCACAUUCAACACUCCAACUCAUGGCCUGAUCGAACCCACAAAAGCCGUCUAUGGAGCAGCUAACAUUCCCGCCCUCUAG